AUGUCAUUGAAAAGAAUUUUCAGUUGGAUUCAUAAGAAUGUUUCGAGUUACAAUCUUUUCCUAUUGGAAGAAAAUGAUUAUGACGAUCAUUCCACAGUCAAAGACUCGACUGUUCUUCUCAAAUUACAAAAAUACAAAACUUGGUUGUAUUCCGUACUUCUCACAGUAUGCCUUUACGUAUUAUUCUAUGGAACUUUAAUACAAAUCGAAACCGAAACAGUUGCAGUUUCUCCGAUCACAUUAGGUGUAUUUGAUCAACUGUAUGCUGAACGAAGCGAAACUCUGACAUGCCCAUGCUCAACCGUCACAAUUCCAUACAACAAAUUCCUAUUGAACAUCGUUAAAAUGCAUCCGGUUUGUUCGAGUAUUUUCGUGAGCAAAGAAUGGAUUGAUGGGUUAUAUCUCGAAAAUGCAGGUCUGUACGGUGUUUGGGAUUUUCGAAAAUCAGCCUAUGGGCAGUUUGAAAUUCUAUCCCGAUUGUGUUCGCUAUCUCAAGAUAUUAUUACUGCACUUCAAAAUAGUGUGAAUAACACUGAACUUGUGACCAUUAAUCUUCUUUCCCGACGGCAAACUCAGCUGGAAAUAGAUAANGGAUCAAUGCUCGUUCUUUGUCUCGUUACAUCACUUGACAGCCAAAUCGAAACAAUAAUUGUGUUGAAUCCUUCGUUAACUACUUACGUUUCAUUAGAAAGUAAAUAUUCCACGACACUUCGAUGCCCAUGUGCAAAUAAAACCAUGCUUUACCGAACAUUACUUUCCUUGUCCCCAGUUUUCCAUCAAGUAUGUUCGAGUGGUUUCGUUCAGAGUGACUGGAUUGAACAAAUGAUCAAUAGUAUGCGGUACAGGAACCCUUACGAUUGGCGUGGAAGCGCCUAUAAGCAAUUUCAGGUGUUAUCCGAUCUUUGCCAGUUAGCUAACCAAACCAUAAUUGCCGCGAUGGAUCGAUUUCUUUCACAAUCCUUUAUCGCUUCUUCUGUUAUGAAUGAAAUCGAUUUCAAUGAGCAAUUGAACGCAAAUCUUAAUCAGUUUUACCAAUCAACAGCAUACACAUUUGAUCUAAUGAAUGAUAUCAUUCGAUUUAUUCAACAAGUUGAUCAAUUCUACGAAGGAGUGGUGAAACUGACGAACUAUUAUGAUCCCAUUUUGCCCAUUAUUAGUAUAGAAAAUGCGACAAAUAAUUAUCAAAUAGCACGGAUCGGCCUUCUUUUAUACGGCAUUCAGGAUGUUGACUCAGGAGCCACUACCUGUUUGUGUGCUGCAAAUCCCUACUGCCAACGGCGAGCCAUCAUCUCUGACUUGGAUCCCAUUGUAGACUAUAAUUAUAUAUAUGGAUAUGGAUUCAAUCAUAAUCUUACUGGCUGGAUGGAAGGCUGUCUUGCGCAUGAUUCGAUUUUACUUUCUACACUCGAGUGUUUAUACGCAGAUUCAGAUUGUUUUCCUUUUCUGAUGAGUUAUAUCAUAAAAUCAAACACGGACACGUUGUCGCUUCCGACGUCAUCAUUUCGCCUUCAACCACUUGUUGACAAUUUGGCAACGAGUCAUUAUCAGCCGAAUGCAACGGUUUCAAUGAUGGUCAAGCAACUAAUGCUCGAAGAAUGGAAUCUCGUUUCAUCGUACGGGCGAUUUUAUGAUUCUUGUGCGCCACUAUAUUGUUCCUAUGCUGAAACUAUGCGUAAGCAGAACUUUUUUGGAGUGAUGAUCACUUUUAUAUCAAUGAUUGGUGGAAUUAUUGUGACCUUACGUAUUUUAACACCUCAACUUGUCAAAUUUACAUUGGGCCUAUUAUCAAUAUGUGCAAGAAAGUCAAGUCGAUCUAAGCAAAGUAAUCGUCAUUCUUCUCUAGUUCAACGUCGAAAUGGUAAUCGAUUGAAGAUUCUGGUAUGGAAACUAAUGACACUUAUCCGCAGUACAAUAGUCGGAUUGAAUAUAUUUCCGCUCCGCGCUUUUGGCACCGGCAUUAAUCAAGCGACGGCAAAACGCUAUGGUCAAUGGGCAACUCGUCUCUAUUUCAUCCUCUUCAUCACAAUGCUCGUCACCCUUGCCUUCUACACAGUUAUUCAACCACGAACUGUGACAAAAAAGUUCGACAGGCCAUCUUUCACCUAUUAUUAUAAUCACUUGAGAGAAAUCUAUGGCGAUGAUUUGAAGUGUACUUGUUCUAAAAUAGCAUCGACAUACCAUGAAUUUGUCAGUAUUCAACCAGUUUUUCAUUCGAUUUGUUCAAGUCGAUUCGUUUCCGACGAAUGGCGAGUGGGCCUGACAAAUGGUUUUGCUUCUAAUUUAUCUGGUUAUGCGACAAACGAUUAUCAUCGUUUUCUUGCCGCUCAUUUAUUCUAUCUCCAGCAACUAUGUCAACAUUCGAUGCAGACAGCAAACAAUUCAAUAAAUGAGUUUCUCACCUCACUUUUAGUCACCAAUGAACUUUUGUCUGCGAACGAUUUUUCCGAUCGUCUUAAAAUCUUAAUCGAACAGAGUAAGUCCAAUGCUCCGAUUUUAUUUUCUCAAUUAUUGUUCUUCACUCAAACUGUGAUUCAUGGAAACGCGUUCAUAUCUACUUAUGCAACAAAUUUCCAGUACGUGUAUGUCAUGAAUGGAACUGACGCUCCCACUACACCUGCAGAAGCUCUAAUCUAUGAUGAUGAAUGCUCGUGUGCACGAUUUCCCAAUUGUACAACGCAAGCGAAUUUUAUUGAACCGAAUUCGUCUGCAAACGUGCCAGUCAAAGGUAUAAAAAUCGGAUGCACACCAAGUGAAUCAUUUCUGGCUUCAACUCUCGAAUGUUUCUACGAUCAAUCGUGUCUUGAUCUUAUUCAACAGUAUACAAACUACGAGAACUCCUCAGCGCCUCUCUCAACAACUUCUAGUCAGUUUUCACAGAAUACGACUAUAGACGAACUGAGACAAAAUUUAUUCAUUGAGCGAUGGUUAACGAAGACGAACUAUUCAUCCUAUUAUCAACAAUGCUCACCUUUGUUAUGUACAUAUACGAGUAUUGAAAAUUUUAACAUACUGUAUGCAAUUACCCUUAUACUGGGUCUCCAAGGUGGCUUGACAAUCGUUCUGAAAUGGCUUUGUCCGAAAUUUGUUCGAAUUGCGUUGAAGAUCCAUCAGAAUCGAAAAACACGUACAAUUCUUAUCCACCCUGUUGUACUUAGUGGAACAAAUAUUCGACAUACGGAUUGGAAUGGUAUGGAGACGACAAUGGAUACAACACUCCAAAACAAUGCCAUGUCAUACAGACGAUCCCUUUCGAAGAUCGUAUGUGUACCUGUUGUACUGUUGUGCAUAUUAUUGGGCGUUAUUCUACUUUCAAUUUAUUAUGCUCGUCGAAAUUCAACGGCGAAUGUGCAGGAUAAUGGCAGUUUAGAGGUGAUAAUGAGCACUACGAUGCCAACAUCGUCGAGCACAUUAGGUCAGUCAAUGAAAAAUAAAAAUAUGUCAAGCAUCUAG